AUGGAGUCUACAAUGGGUGCGACGGAAACAUUUUUAUUUACCUCAGAAUCUGUAGGUGAAGGUCAUCCAGACAAAAUAUGUGAUCAAAUUUCUGAUGCAAUAUUAGAUGCGUGUUUAAAGACUGAUCCUGAUUCUCGUGUAGCUUGUGAAACGUGUACAAAGACGGGGAUGAUUCUGGUUUGUGGUGAAAUAACAACAAAAGCUCAUAUUGACUAUCAACAAGUUAUUCGAGCAAAAGUAAAAGAAAUUGGAUAUGAUUCAUCGGAUAAAGGCUUUGAUUAUAAAACAAUAAACGUUCUCGUAGCACUUGAACAACAAUCACCCGAUAUUGCACAAGCUGUACAUGAAAAUAAACGUGAUGAAGACAUCGGAGCGGGUGAUCAAGGUCUGAUGUUUGGUUAUGCAACGGAUGAAACAGAGGAAUGUAUGCCAUUGACGGUUAUUUUGUCACAUCGGUUAAACCAAAAAUUAUCAGAGUUGAGACGAAACGGUCAGUUGCCAUGGUUGAGACCUGAUACAAAGACCCAGGUGACAGUCGAAUAUUCGUUUGAUAAUGGCGCGUGCGUACCGAGAAGAGUGCACACUAUUGUUAUUAGUACACAGCAUGAUGAAGAUGUAACAAUGGAACAAUUAAGAAAGGACUUAAUGGAAAAAGUGAUCAAAACCGUAGUACCGCAGAAAUAUUUGGACGAAAAAACAGUAUAUCAUUUAAAUCCAUCAGGAAAAUUUGUCAUUGGUGGACCACAAGGUGACGCUGGUUUAACUGGUCGUAAAAUCAUUGUAGAUACAUACGGUGGAUGGGGUGCACAUGGUGGUGGAGCGUUUUCAGGCAAAGAUUCAUCCAAAGUUGAUCGAUCGGGAGCAUAUGCUGCGAGAUGGGUAGCUAAAUCAUUAGUUAAAUCCAAAUUAUGCAGACGAUGCCUCGUUCAAGUAUCCUAUGCGAUUGGCAUUGCGGAACCAUUGUCAGUGACCGUAUUUUCGUACGGUACAUCAAAAUAUUCCGAGAAAGAAUUACUUAAUGUAGUCCUUAAAAAUUUUGAUUUACGUCCUGGUAUGAUAAUGAAAAAUUUAGAUUUAAAAAAGCCAAUUUUUUCCAAAACAGCAUGUUAUGGACAUUUUGGACGAGAAGAAUUUCCAUGGGAACAUGCAAAAGAAUUAAAAAUCAACUAA